GUCACUGGUCCCCCAGCUUUCCCACCGGCUUUUUAUAACAGUUAUUUCAAGGGUCUGGGACUCUUUUUUUUUUUUCCCAACAGAAACUGGUGGAGGGAGGGGAUAUGGCCCUGCCUCCCCCCACUGGGAACCUUUGCUCCAGCUCAUUCAUUAAAAACCUGUGUGGAAGCAGCCUGCCUGUGGCCUUUUGUCCUGGCGCCCCUGGAGAGGACGGGGGACUGGGCAGGAGCUGCGGCUCUGAUCUCAUUCCGGGAUCCCCUCACUCUCUGCCAGCAGGGUUUAGUGGCUCCAGGAAGAAUGUGUGCGCCCUUCCUUUACCCUGUGCACUUGCACCCGCUGCCCCGUUUGAGCCAGGGUGGGGGCGGUCUGGAUCUCAAGACGCUUUACUCCUAUUUGUCUUGAGCCACUGAAGAUGGGAAUGUGGGACUUAGGGCUAGUUGGCAGUGGGCCUGGGGCUGGGAGGAGACAGCGGGACAGGAGAGAGCGCACUCCUGGCAUUUGAAACAGCUGGUGCAAAGGCAUGGAAAUACGAGCUUGAGAUUGAGUGUUGGGUUCGAGGAACAGAAAGGCCACCAGUCUGGUCAGAUCCUAGAGUUCAUGGGAGGGAGGAAAAGAAUGAAGUGAGGAAAAGGGGGACAGGGCCAGUCCAAGCCAAGAGCUUUCAAGGACAAACCAAGGGGUCUGCCACUCGUCCUAGAGGUAGGCUCCCUGCUCUGAGGCUGGGACCUCUGCUCCUUUCCCCCAUAAUGCCCUGCCAUGGAUGCCUGCUACCACCCCAUUGAGUCCUUGGGCUGGUGCUCAAAGCAUCAAUUAACACUUGCUCUAAGGAGCCGAAUUCGAGGCUGGAGGGUACCUAAGAGAGGUCCAACCCCAUCAUUUUUACAGAGGAAAGGGAGGUCCUGAGAGGGGAAAGGACUUGCCCAAAUUCUAGUGCGAGCUUAGUAGAGACAACCAGAAGCUUGAUGUGACCCCCCCAAGGCCCAGCUACCCCGUCUCCCCAUGCUCACCCUAGUAGGGCUGAGGGGAGGGACUAUGCCGCUUUCCACUGCUGGCACUGCCCGGGGGAGCAGCUGCUUUGGCCUUGGGAAAGACAGACAACAGACAAAGGUCAUCAGUGCCCAGGAGACCAGAAGGGGGAUUAACUCCGUCACCCCCAAUCCUCCUCUAGAGGAGGGAAUGGGCAUGGGCAUGACGGAAGCUGCUUACUGUUGGCCCGCAGGGGAUCGUGCCCUUUCCCGGCGGCCCAGGGCUCCGUGAACACCUUUAAAUAUCCCAGAGGCAGUGUGAUAUGUCAGGACCUGGGGGGCAGCAUGCCCAGAAGCAAAGAAAGGACAGUUGUGGGACACGAAGCCUGCCAACCCCUGGAGCUGAGAACUUUGGGCACCAGAGCCUGACAUGUGCUGAUCUGUUUACAAACAUGUGCCUUACCUUCCCCCUGCAGAGGGGCGGGCGGCGGGCAGCGAUUGUUCCCAGCAGGAAUCUCAGGCAGGGCCUGGGGGGGACACACUGGCCUCUGAAGGCGCCUCGGGAGUGCUGAGGACUCCAGAAGCACCUAUCUCCCCCUCGCUCCCUGAAAAGAGGCCUGGCAAUGGAUCCCCUGCCAAGUGUCUGGAUUCUGUCCCAUCCUCUAGGGGGUGCCCCGGGAGGUCAGCCAGAGGGAGCAGCGGCGCACUCUGAAGGUGGAUGAUUCCCGGCAGUCCUCCCCCCGAAUAACGUACACACUCCCCAUCCUGGCCCCCCUUCCCUGAGUCUGGGCUCCAGAUAUAGUUCCUUCGCCAUGGGCCUGAAAAUAGACUGGGGGGAGGUUAUAUAAAGCCGCAGGGACAGGACCACACCAGAGGGAGCUGCCCCACAGCGACCAUGGCUGCAUUCGAGCUGAGCUGCGAGGUGUCCGAAGAGAAUGUGGACCGGAGGGAGACCUUUUGGGCCGAGUGGAAGGACCUGACGCUGUCUUCCCGGCCAGAAGAGGGUUGCUCUGUGCACGAAGAAGAUGCCCAGCACCGAGAGACAUACCACAGAGAGGGGCAGUGCCAGGCCCUGGUGCAACGGUCACCCUUGCAGGUGAUGCGGAUGGGCAUCCUUGGCCAGAGUUUGCAGGAGUACCAACUGCCGUAUGCAAGGACACUGCCUCUGCCCAUCUUCACGCCCUCGAAGGUGGGCUUCAAGGAAGAUCGUGAGGCCACCCCCAUCCAGCUUCGGGAGCUCCUGGCUCUGGAAACAGCUCUGGGGGGGCAGUGUCUGGACCGGCGCGAGGUGGUGGAGAUCAAAAAGGAGCUGCCUCCCGUGGUGGCUGCCAGCCACCCUCAGUUUGGCAAACCGGGUGCCCCUCGUCGUUCUCUAUCCCGAUCCAUGUCCCAGGAAGCACAAAGAGGCUGAAGGGGACUCUGGGGGUAAUGUUCCUUCUCCCCUGACUCCUGUGCCCACCCUGCUGUGGGCGCUCCCCAGCUACCACCUGGGAGGGGGAGGAGGACUGGUCAUUAAAGCUUUGUAGUUAGCCCAGAGUUGGGUUGGGAAGAGGGAGCCGGGAAGCAGGACAUUUGGGUCUUCUGAGCUCCCAAAGGGAGAUGAUAGAAAAAAGCAGGGGAGCUGGGGUGCAUCAGCAUCAUCUGAAAAACUGCUGAUGGGAGACUAGGUGGCUGAAGACCAGGGUCUAGAGAAAAAUGAGAUGUAAAUGGGGUUAGGAAGCCCCCUGAAGGAGGCCAGAUGGAAGGGGGAUGUGAGACUGAAGUGGGGAGCCCAACGGGGAAGAGGCAGGGCUGGGGGAGCUGUGUUGGGGUCCCACCCAAGCAUCAUCUGUUAGUGCUUCAAUAAAAUUGAAAGCUGGUUCUGAA